AACACAACCCUGUGAUUCACCACUGAAGGGGCUAGUUAACCAUCAACCAGGCAGACACUCCACCUCUCCUCUGGUUAGCAGUAUGAGGGAAGGAGGAGAAGGAGGCGAGCUCUGCUGUCAGUCACUGCUCUCCUCUCUGGCACCAGUAGGUCCCCAUCACACUCAACUGGGCCAAGGAGCCGUCCUGUUGCUGGGCGGAGCUAGGCCCAAAACCAGGGAAGGGGGGUUUGUAGAGGUGUGUGAGGGUGUGAGAAAGGAAGGAGGAGGAGGAGGGGGGCACAUUAGCUUCUUGGACAAGUCUUUCUGCCCCACUGUCAGGUAGUUGAGAAUUUAUUUGCCCAAAGCGCUGGCAGACAUGGACAUGGCAGACUACAGCGAGGCUCUGGACCCAGCCUAUACCACACUGGAGUUUGAAAACAUGCAAGUGCUCCCUUUGGGCGCAGACUCCUCACCGGCUGAAAGCACCAACAUGAACGCCACCGGCCACCUGGCAACAGGCGGCUUGUGUGCCAUUUGUGGAGACAGAGCUACUGGCAAACACUACGGGGCCUCCAGCUGCGACGGCUGCAAGGGCUUCUUCAGACGCAGCGUUCGCAAAAACCACAUGUAUUCGUGCAGGUUCAACAGACAGUGUAUUGUGGACAAAGACAAGCGGAACCAGUGCAGAUACUGCCGACUGAAGAAAUGCUUCAGAGCUGGCAUGAAGAAAGAAGCUGUACAGAAUGAAAGAGACAGAAUCAGCACCAGGAGAUCCAGCUAUGAAGACAGCAGUUUACCCUCCAUCAAUGCACUCAUCCAGGCAGACGUACUGUCGAGACAGAUCACAUCUCCUGCUCCUAUACUAAACGGCGACAUCAGGACCAAAAAGAUCGCCACCAUCACAGAUGUGUGUGAGUCCAUGAAACAGCAGCUGUUGGUCUUAGUGGAGUGGGCCAAGUACAUCCCGGCCUUCUGUGACCUGCCCCUGGAUGACCAGGUGGCAUUGCUGCGAGCUCAUGCAGGAGAACAUCUCCUGCUCGGUGCUGCCAAGAGGUCCAUGCUAUACAAAGAUAUUCUUUUAUUAGGAAACGACCACAUCGUUCCCAGAAACUGCCCGGAGCUGGAGGUGGGCAGGGUAGCAGUGAGAAUCCUGGAUGAGCUGGUGCUUCCCUUCCAGGAGCUGCAGAUAGAUGACAAUGAAUAUGCCUGCUUGAAGGCCAUAGUUUUCUUUGACCCAGAUGCUAAAGGUCUGAGUGACCCCGUGAAGAUCAAGCGAAUGCGGUAUCAGGUCCAGGUCAGCCUGGAGGACUACAUAAACGACAGGCAGUAUGACUCUCGAGGCCGCUUCGGAGAGCUGCUCCUGCUGCUGCCAACGCUACAGAGCAUCACCUGGCAAAUGAUCGAACAGAUCCAGUUUGUAAAGCUCUUCGGCAUGGCCAAGAUAGACAACCUGCUCCAAGAAAUGCUUCUUGGAGGUUCAGCUAAUGAAGCUCCACAUGCACCUCACUCUCUGCACCCUCAUUUGGUUCAGGAGCACCUCAGCAGCAAUGUUAUAGUAGCCAGUAGCAUGCCAACGCCCAUCCAUAAUGGUCAAAUCUCCACUCCUGAAACCCCAAUCCCGUCUCCACCUACUGCCUCCAGCUCAGAACAUUACAAAAUGGCUCAGGGGGUCAUAGCCACGGUGCCCAAGCAGCCGACCUCCAUCCCUCAGCCUACCAUUACAAAGCAAGAGGCCAUCUAACAACCCUUCUACUCAUUAUUUCUUCAGUUUUGUAUUGUGUUAAAGUUUGUACAUUAUCGGCAUUGAAGCUGUUAACUUGACUGAAAAAUUACCACAGCGAAAUACAUAGAAUGUAAUUGCAAGUCUGUCCCUUACAGAAUGUAGCCAGAGUCUUCAGGGAUCUAUUUGUACAUAUAAGCAGCUGCAUUUGAGCUCUGUGGCUCAAUGAAUGCCAGAUAAAACUAUCUAAAAGUAUAACUUUCCAGGCAUACUUCUGUUCUGUGAGAAUGACACUUAGAAGUACACUGUUGUAUAUAUGGUUCAUUACUGGGUGACAUCACUUCCUUUAGCAUCGGCGUGUGCAGUAAGGCUUAUGUUCGACAUGGUGACGUGAUCAUGUCAGUAUUUUGUGAAUGUUACAACAGGCCUUACGAUGUCUCAUAUUUAGUGUUGCACAGGUUUUUAUUUCAUGUUUAUUGGUGAUAAAAAUGAGCUCAGAAAAAAAAAAAAAGCUAAAGGAAGUCCCUUGAAUUGAGUUCAGCUUCUAUUUUUUUAGGUUUCUUUGUGAUAAAACGAAAAUAUCUGUGGUCUGUUUUACACACUGGAAUAUUGAUAUUUACAGGAGUAAAAUUUAACAUUUAAAAAAUGUACAGCAAAACAGCUAAGCUCGGUACGCAUGCAGAUCGCUGUCGUGCCACUUUUCAAAAGUCACAAGCAAACAUGCUGAGGAAGUUUCCCAAUAAUGUGUUGUGUUGGUUUUAAAAACUAUAUAUUGUAUUUUUUUUUUUUUGUUUAGUACUUUGUCAUGGUUUGACUGAUGGAAUAAAUCGUGCCUUGUAACCUGUACUGCCUUACAAAGCCAGGCAACGUUUCGCAUAACAAUGUGAAGAUCAGUUAAUAAAUCUUAAGGUCUAUUUUUA